AGCGGUGGCGGAAUCAGUUUUGGGCAUGUUAGGAUUAGUCCUGGGAGCUCUCUUGAAUUGGGAAUGCCACUCCCACUACGAACAUGGCGAAGAAGCUCUCUUCGCUGUAUCCUAUCUGCACAAUUGGUUCAAGUCUUGCAGAUUGAGUAGGGCGUUACAUAUAAGAAGGCAGAGUAAUUGUUUGUCCUGUUAAUUUAUUGAGCUUCCAAGUCAAGCAGUAGUUUUCAUCCACCACAAUCGAUGUGUUGUAAUUUGUAGGUUUGAACGCGUGCGUUUAGAAAUUCGAAGAAAUAAUCCUGCUCAUUAGCGGUACUGUUGAAGACUUAGAAUCGUGAGGCAUGGACUCUGCGUUGGUAGUACAUGAAGGCGGGUGCCACUGCAAGAAUGUAAGAUGGCGAGUGAAGGCGCCUAGCAGUGUUGUGGCUGUUAGUUGCAACUGCUCGAAUUGCUCUAUGAGGGGUACCACCGCUUUCGUUGUCCCUACUGAAAGAUUUGAACUUUUGAUUGAUUCUGAGCAGUUUCUUACACCUUACACCUUCGGUACUCAUACGGCAAAGCACACGUUCUGUAAGGUUUGUGGGAUAACUUCAUUCUAUUAUCAACGCGAGAACCCUGAUGGGGUCGCAAUCACGUUUAGGUGUGUUGAUCCUGGAACACUCACUUGUGUUGAGAUUAAGCAUUUCGACGGGAAAAAUUGGGAAGUUUGACACAGUCGAUCAGGCAUUGCGUCGCAGUCAGAAGUGCACACUCUGCAAAAUAUAGGCUAAGUCGUCGUCGUGCGUUUAGGCCCUCUGCCUCUGGGGAUUUUACAAUGUUUAUGUGGAAUGUUAUGGCUUGUAUCAUUGUAUGUAAUGGCUACUUUCUAGUGUUGUUUUAGUCUCCCCUUUUGUUUUGUUCUCGUGUUCCUUUUGUUUUGGCCAAAUGUAUGAUUUUGGUACUUGUAGAAAACGUCCACUUUUGUCCUUGUAGUUACAAUUGUUGCAUACAA